GUUGUAAUUCACCUGAUUGAACAGCGAACAUCACGACCGCAAUUGUCUAUCUGAAGAAGGACUAAGUUGUGCGGUCUUUUAGAGAAAAUGUUUUAAACAGCACAUGGCUGAAGAUCAGAAGCAGAUGCCACAGAGGAGGUGCGGUGACUAUAAGCGCGGCUGAGAAGAGUAAUGCUGAAGUGUAAUGCUUGAACGUGCUCGAUGUGUCUCAGAUACUGCGGGUGGAAAGUUGCGUGUUCAAGGACCAGCGAAUGUAACGUUACAGCGAUGGAUAUGGUGUUGUUUUUAUAUGAGCCAUGAUUCAAUGCUUUUCCUCUUCCUGGUAAGAUUAGCGGAAGCCAGCAGUAACAGUGUUUUGUUUUUCUCUCUCUCUUCAUCUGCAGCAGCAGCCGGUUUUGUGACAGUCAGCGAUCCGCUUCCCGCUGGUAGAUCAGCGAGAGACUGCUUUUUAAAGAUGACGGGUAAAUCAGUCAAAGACAUUGACCGCUAUCAGGCUGUUCUCACAUCUCUUCUGGCUUUAGAGGAAAACAAGUUUUGCGCAGAUUGUCACGCCAAAGGUCCCAGAUGGGCAUCCUGGAAUCUUGGAAUCUUCAUCUGUAUCCGCUGUGCGGGAAUCCAUCGGAAUCUUGGCGUGCACAUAUCACGAGUUAAAUCCAUAAACCUGGACCAGUGGACUCAUGAGCAGAUACAGUCUGUUCAGGAGAUGGGGAAUGCCAAAGCUCGGCGACUAUAUGAGGCCUUUUUACCAGAGUGCUUCCAGCGCCCAGAGACAGACCAAGCUGCUGAGAUUUUUAUCCGUGACAAAUAUGAUAAGAAGAAAUAUAUGGAUAAAUGCAUUAACAUCCAGUCUUUCAGGAAAGAAAAGAGUGAGACAGUAACAAAAGAAGCCCCUGUUGUUUUUAAAAAGAUGAAGCUGAAAAAAGACGAGUCGAAACAAUUCAAAAACAGUCCAAAACAGUCACAAUCUGUUAAUGACUUACUGGGACUAGAUGCCCCUGCUCCUCAAGCUCCCUUAUCCAAUGGCAAACCAAGCACUGAACUCAGUCCUGCCCUCGACCUCUUCAGCUCUCUGCCUGCCACCGUCAGCACCUCCAACUCUUCCAGGAGCACGCCUAGCUCAGGGUCCAUGCCCACUGGACGGGUAGCAGCAUCUAUGCCCGAAAACCUCAGCCUGUUCCUGGAUCCCCCCUCCAAAAGUGAGGACAGUGGAAAAAAGCUGUCCAAGGACUCAAUCUUGUCAUUGUAUGGCAGUACCGCACCACAAACAAACAUGGCUGCUCAUGCUGGCAUGUAUAUGGGAGCAACCCAGAUGGGCUAUGUCCCUGCUGCAGGGUACGGCCAAUACCAGGCCCUGGGUGCCCAGCAGGGCAUGAUGGGGCCUAUGAUGGCACCACAGAUGAACAUACUGGGACAUACUGCUCCUCCGUACAUGGCAGGGGUGCAGGGGGGCGUAAUGGGAAUGCAGAAUGGCAUGAUGGGAAACAUGGCAGCAGUUCCUCAGCAGGCGUAUGGAGCACAGCAGACCCAACAGCUGCAGUGGAACAUCAGCCAGAUGACUCAACACAUGGCAGGAAUGAAUUUCUAUGGUGCCAAUAACAUGAUGGGGUACGGGCAGCCCAUGGGUGGGGCGGCUGCUCCCGGUUCAAAUCCAGUGCUCGGGUCACAAGAGUGGAAGUGAUGUCAUAGAGAGAGAGUGGUUCAGCAUGUCUGAAUUGGUUGGGCUUGGUUGGCCCCACGACUGACUGACAGCAGAAGGGAAACAGAUUGUAGGAGCAAACACUUUGGAAAGUCGAGUAGAUGAACGCAACCGAAGCACAGCCUCUACCUCCCUCAUUCUCAGAGCCAGAUUCUCAUGCUUGCCUUCCAAUAGUCACAUACUCAGAGAGAGAAUAGAAGUGUCAUUCACUUCUCAGCUGAAUGUUACACGUUUCACAGCUUUACUUUUGAAUUUGCCCCACUGACCAACAGAAACCUGCUUGGUAUGAAAGUGACUUUUGUGUGGGCUGUGCUUCAUACUUCACUGUUGAAAAUAUACAAUUAACCUUUUUGGCCCAUAGUGUUUUGCCAAAAAUGUACAGUAUGCUAAUGCAACAGCACCUUUAGUUUCAGUUAAAAAAGCUUGCUUCAUUUCAGAAACAAUUUAUCAUAUAGAUAUGUAUGUAACAGUCUAUAUGCAGUACAUCUCAUCAGAAGCAUGUUUGUAGUCAUAAAUGAACAUUUCAAGCCAUUUUAGUUACCAUUUUUUGUUAAUAAGGAUCUUAAACUUUGAUACUGCUGAAGAAAAUGUCCAUUUUGUGUCAGGUUCUGCAACGAUACUCUUGUAUGGUCGUCUUUUUAAUGCACAGGGUACAACUAAGCCACUUUGACUUUGCUUUCUCUCACACUUGCUCUCAACUCAGGAGAAAUAAAGGCUUGGGAAGAUAAGAGUUCUCACGUCCAUCUCAUAGCAGGACAUUUUACAUUCAGCCAAAGAUUUAUUAACGCUCCGCAGUCAUCAUUGGUCUUUGGAAUGAUACAUUCUAGAUGGAUCCAUGCUGCUGUUUGUCGUUUCAGAACAUUGCGGUUUGACCUCAAGAGUGUAAUGGCACCAUUGAUUGUAUUGUGCACUGCUUUUCUCCUCAUUACUGAGUGCAGGGUCACUACUGGUGAAGAGAACUGAACUUUUUGACACUGAGGCUGCAGUAUGGACCAAGAACGAAUGAAUGUUUCUCUCUGACUGCUGCCUGGAGAGCAGAAUUUGCCAUGGUCACUGUGUGAAGUUCAUUCAAAGCAGUCUUGGGGUUUGGGGUUUUAUUGACUUUGCUCACUGUUUGUUUGAGCCCAAUGUCUACUUUAGUGAAACCAAAUGUGAUGAGGUUCACUGUUAAUCGUAUUUCAAACUGGAGCCCUUUAAAACAUGCUGAAACACACACACACACCCUUAGCUGGUUUGCUGUUCAGGUUUACUGGGUUCAGCCAUCACCUGCUUGGCCUGGCUCACUGGAAUGCCAACAAGACCAGUUUAAACAAAGUAUUUUUUUUUUUUUCAGGGUUAAGCAGUUGUACAUGCAUUAAACAUGUCUGUGUUUUAAUGUUUAUUUGCAAGUGAUGUUUUUAUCUUUCAUAGCCAUAGAGACUCUCAAAAUAUUCCGCCCCUCAAUGUAUGACAGUGUAUGUGAUUUGUAUGUGAUUUGUAAAGGAGUUCAUUCUACUAGGCUUCUCUACAUUUUACAAUAUUUGGUUGCCGUGUUUUUCACUGUAGCCCUGAAUGUGAAGAAUUGUUUGCUAAUAUUAUUCCUUAUGUUUGUCAAACCUUUGGUAAAUGUGUGGUCUGAAAUGACACUGUCACUGUGGUCUUGCACAUCACUGAUCUCUACUGGCCAAUAAGUGAUCAUCAGUGAUGUAUAGUGGUGUUUGUAUCCCACCAUUUUUUGCUGAAUGUCUUUUUUUUUCUUCUUCUGCAAAGAGUCAAAAUUUUACUCUGCACUGCAAUUUUUAGGUUUUGUGUUUUUUUUUUUUUUUUUUUUUGAUUAAAUGGGACCAUUCCUUUCUCAUAUUUAAGCACACGUGAACCUGUAAAUAUCAUAUUUGUGAUAUAACGAGAUUUAUAACCCUUUAUAUAUCCAAGGUUUUAACUUUACUUUAAAACUACUGCUAUAAUGGAACUUUAUGAUAGCAGCUUGUAUGCAUGAUUCGUUCAUUGAGAAAGUUUGAUUAGACAACAUUCACUUUGUGUGCAUGCUAGACAAUCCAAAAGAGCAAUCACUGGACGUUCAGACUGAUGCCAUAUCAGUGGGCUGAAAAGUAUUUCAGUUGAUUUGAUUUAUCUCGCCAGGUGGAUCUGCUUUCAACUUGAAUGUAUCUGUCUGGUUUGAGUGAUUUGGAUUAGGUCAUUUAAAGAAGAAUGUUGUAGUGCUCUGUGUCGGGAGUGUCAAACUCCAAAUGUUUUGCGUUUAGGUGAUACUUGAGGCUCGCUGUGCUGCCGGUGAUAUGCGAACGCUAGUUGGUACUCCAGUAUAAUUGGUCCGCUGAAACUCAUCCAGUGAGAAACGUUCCGCGGUGCAAAAAUAAGUUAUUAAAAACGCGGGAUUUUUUUUUCUGUAAUUAAUUAAUCUUAGUUAACGCAUUAUUUUUUUUGUGUAAUUAAUUAGUCUCAAUUAGCGCGUUAAAGUCCCGGCCCUAAUUAUAAUAUUACAUUAUAAUAAAAAUUACCUCAAAUCUCAGAGAUCUCCAAACGGUUCGCGCAAAGCUGUUCAAAAGAUUCAGUUUCCUUAAACCCCACCUUUCGGUAGCAUACUGUGUUCUGAUUGGUCAACUGACAUAGUCAGUUUUGAUUGGUUGUUCCACACACAACUUCAUGGUAAACAAUGCGUUACCAUCUUUUUGGGGUGAAUUAUGUCUUAUUCCUCUCGCCGCGAAGCAAACAGUAAAAUAAUAAAAAACUUGAACAGUC